AUCUUCGGAUAGAAUCAUCAAAAGCUUCACCGUCCACUCCCCGAAGGAGCAGAGAAGGGAGAAAGCAAAGCUCAACAAUGGCGUCGGUUUCGAUUCUCUCGUCUUCUUCAUCGGUCCUUUUCUCUUCACGGGGCAGCCCUUCCGCCUCGCUCACCUUCCUCACUGGUUCAAGAAGCAGGAACGCCCCUCCGGCCGUGAGCUUACCGGGCCCCGCGUCGGCCCGCUCUGCUCUGCUCCACUGCUCCUUCUGCCCUAGUUCUUCGUCUUCCCUGUCCUUCCCUUCUUCCUUCUCCGGUUUGUCAUUGGGGUUUGGUUUUAAUUUGGGCACUGGGGCAAGACCCGAGAAACGACGUGGCCUAGUGGUGAGGGCAGGGAAGGCGGCCCUUUGUCAAACAAAGAGGAACCGGUCACGCAAGUCUCUGGCUCGGACUCAUGGAUUCCGAAGAAGAAUGAGAACGACCAGUGGAAGAGCUAUCCUAAAGCGCAGAAGAACCAAGGGCAGAUGGGUCCUCUGCCCCAAGUCCUACCCGAAGAGUGGCAAAGAAGCCUAAGCUUCACUUCAUUUUUUGUAUGUUUUAGAGCACGUUCUUGUAUGCACCAUCAAUCGUAUUUGCUAAUUCAUAGGAUAUGUUUGAACUUUCUCUUGCCUUCUUUCAUUCUGUUUGCCACCAUUUUGCCCUUUACUGGUGAAAAUUAAAUUCGGAGUUGCUCUCAAUGAACAUAGAAUUUGUUAGUUUA